GUGUCUCCUUAGACAAACAUUCAUUGAAUGACCUAUUUAUUGUUACCGCCGAAUCGACAAGGCAAAAAUGGCAUUUUCUUCCGAUCUCCCCGAUAUUAAACAACUGGUGAAAGACGGAUUAAGUGCGUUUGUGUUUGGAUUUGGAUAUAAAACAGGGAUCAUUGAUCACUUCAUUAAAAUACAACAACCAUGUACUGCCGAAGAGCUUAGUAAGCAAGCCGGGAUGAAAUUAAGGUACAUCCAAGAAUGGCUAAGCUGCUUGGCCGCAGCAGGAAUUGUCAAAGUCCAUGAUGGCGACAGGUUUUCUCUUCCUUACGAGGAGUCUAUUUUGAGAUCACAGGGAUAUAUGGCAACCGCCUUUCCAAUUUUGAGUGAAUCAAUACCACUUCUGGAGAACGCAAUACGUGUUGAUGGUCCCAGAGGUUACGGUUAUUCAGAGCCGUUCCUCCAGUUCGUUGAUGGAUUUCACUCACCUGCUGCUAUUGAGAACUGGAUAACGAACUCCUUGAAUCCCGUCUUGGAGUUGAAACCAGGUAACGAGUUCACACUACUAGAUUUAGGUUGUGGAUAUGGAAAACAUGCUAGACAGAUGGCACAACAGUAUCCUAACAGUACAAUUUAUGGGGUGGACAUGGAUCAGAUAUCCAUUGACCGAGCUAACGCACAACUUCACAAUGAAGGGCUACAGAAUGUCCAGUUUGUAUGCACGUUAGGGGGACAACUUCCGCAGGACUGGACUGAAAAGUUCGAUUUUGUCAUAUUAAAAGAGGUCCUCCACGAUGCGCCAGGAGUGGAUGAGAUUCUUGCAGAAGUGAAGCGUGUUCUUAAAUCGGACGGAUAUGGGGCUGCUUAUGACCCGGCUGUAUCAUCGUACCCCAAAAACCAGGCCAAUGAUAAAGUGGCACAGCAAUUUCUGCCCUUUAGUUUCUUUUCAUGUCUUCCCAUGAGUCUUUCUGGUCCUUGUGGUGAGGGUUAUGGGGUUGGAUGGGGUUAUGAGCGCCGUAGAGAAAAAAUUGAACAGUACGGAUUCCAUCUAGUACAGGUUGGUGACAUGGACAUCAGUACCGUACAAGAAAGGAUUGUAUUUCAAAAGUGACCUUUGUAUAUAUAUGCAGACAAGACUAACAGAAGGGACUUCAUUAUCAGAAAGAAUACCCACUUCCGCCAGGGUCCGGCGUUGAACUAGCAGCGUUUGACCAGCGCUCGACCAUCUACCGGAUAGGCGCCUAAGUUGUGUAUGGAUAUUUAAGAUUAAGAAAAUGAACGACUUUUGGUUGACAAACACCUGAAACUAAUGCUAAUUGCAACGAUGAUUGUUUUGGAUAUUCCUCAAAUGUCUUCCCAUUUAAAAAGUGGUGUCAUUUGUUUUUAAAAAGUUCGUUCAUUAGACUAUACACAUGCAGUGAAACUUUCACCUCAUUUCUUUCAUUUGUUGGAUAGCUGCAUACAACUAGAGCAUUGUCUAAUCAAAAGCAAUCCAACGUGCAUGAUUCCCUGGUUAGUAACUUUCAUCAUGCCCAUCCGUGAAGUGUCUCAGUAAAUAUAUACAGUAUA